AUGAUCCUCGUUCAUCGGUACCGCACCCUCAUUGGGUACCACAGACGGAAGGACUGGGAGCUUCAGAUCGCCUCUCGACUGUCUUCUACCUUUAUCCACCGCAUGGAUGGGAUCUUGAGCCGGAAAAUGGCAAAAGUUCUUUGGGGUUCCAAGCACUCCUACAAGCUGGGUCCGGCUGCAAUUCGAGAGGUCAAUGCAAUUAUCCACAGCCUACGAACUGAGGAAUGGAAGAUUUUUAUUCCCCAGAUGAUCCCUCGCGACCACCAUUUCGAGUCCUUUGGCGAUGCUAGUUUCAUUGGGGGUGGCGCUUAUUCUACGUCCCUUGACUACUGGUUUCGUGUUGUUUGGAGUAAACAAAUUGUGGCAAGUACUAAGUUAAAGCCCUCCGAUGCAUCCUACAUCCACAUCAAUGUGUUGGAGUGCCUUGUUUCCUUCCUGCAGGCAGUGGCCCUUGUCAUUACCAUUGAGUCUUCUGCGCUCUCCGCUCCCAUUCACAUCACAGAAGUAUCCUUGGAUGAACGCCUUGCGCAAUUUCCAGCCCAGUGCCGAACUCAUCUCCGUUCUCAGAUCCGCGCUGUUAUGCAGCUCGAGUCCGGUCCCACCAAAUCUACCAGAGUCCUUGGGACAAUUCGUUCCCACCGCAUCCAUUUCCUCCGCUUUCUGCGUCGUCUGAAUUGGCCACAGAUGGAUCUACUGUUGGAGUCCGUCUCCCAUGAUGCCCGCACGCACCUUCUUGCCGCUUUCGCAGUCGACUUGGCGGUGGGCAACACUGUCACGGGUAAGCCCAUCAAGGCAGCGACCAUUGGAAACUACCUCCGAGAUACAGCUACCCUUCUUGAAAACUUCUGUGGUCGAGAUCCCCGCUACACUAAUCGGGCCGACCAUGAUUUGGCGCUUCCCAUCCAAGCUGUACUGAAUGAAUGCAAGCGUCAUGAGAAUAUGCCCCAUCGAGUUGACCCCUAUACAAUUGAGAUGCAUACCACUUUGGUGGCUCUGACUGCCACUACAAACGCACAUAUGGACGGUUUACACUGUGCUAUGGAAGAUUGGUUUAACUUGAGUACCUAUUUAGGUUUUGCCUUUGCGAAUGGGCCCUACCGUCGCUUGGCUUCUGGCGGCGAGAUUGCCCCAAAUGGUACAAAACACGCCUUCACUCUUGACGACAUUCGUUUGUUCGAUUCGGGUAAUCGUCCUGUUUCGAUUGCUGAGUUUAUCCAGAAUUUCGAUGCCGUGGCUCGCUCCAAUGUCAAGUUCUCUUGGCAAAAGAAUCACGAUCACGGUGAAGAAAAACUGCUUUCCAGCAAUCCCCGCAACCCUUCCCGCGACGCUCUGCGGAGUCUCCAUAACAUCGUCAGCCGAUUCGCCCGGAUUGUCGGUCUGGAUAAGACCGAUAUUCCACUUGCAGUGUACAAAGGGUCCAUUGGUGAAUAG